AUGAAGGAAAGGCUUCAAAGAAUGGAAGAAGAGGCUGAAAAGUUGAGGAAAAUAAAACAGGAGUUGGAGCAGAUGAUGGGGGCUUCAACAGCUGUCGACAAGUCAGAGAUCGACACCAGAUCGACGAAUUAUGCCAACAUUUUAAAAAUUUUGGUCCCAUCAUCAGGGCGACCAUCCUUAAAAACAAAUAUAGUGGCAAGCCUAAGGGCUUUGCCUACAUUGAAUUUAAGGAAGCCUAAGGGCGUGGAUCGGGCACUGCAACUCGACGAGUCGCUGAUACACGACAGGGAAAUAUGGGUUGAAAGGAAAAGUACAAACAUGCCUGGACUGUCCACAACAAACAGGAGGCCCAGAGGAAGGGGUGUAAGAAUCAGAGAAGGCGUGAUAACGAGUCACAAUGCAACUUAA